AUGUAUUUCUUUUUGAAAAUUUUCUUUGGAUGUGCUUUAAAAAGUUUAGGGGGUUUUCCACUUGGAGGUGUGAAACCCUGUGUAUGAAAUCAGCGCUCUGCUGGCCGAGCGACAGUGUGACAGUGCUGACGGUUCAGUUGUUCAGUGUUGGAAGAUUAGUUCGCGGUGCCCGCAGGGGAAUUAGUGGUGAACAAUGGCUGCGAACUGCCAGAUAGGCAAGCUCAUUGUGGCGCGGCGGUUUGGCUCAAGUGCUUUGCUGGCUACGGCCAAUUUAACAGCGUUUAAAGAAUGACCCCGUGCGCCCUUUGUUCUUUGGCCUGUGGCACAGUCAAGAAGUUCAUUCUGGAAGUUCUGGCACGUACUGACCUCUCCUCUCUGAAAUAACUGAACUGCACGAUUAGCAGAGGAAUACCGAGACGUCGCCGAGUGUUUAGGAGGACAGUGGUUCCCCCAGCUUCUGCACGAUGCUGUACACUUUAGCGGGAGGAGGCACGCUCUGCGGCGUGGCCGCCCUCGUGCUUCUCAUCGUCUCGACGGCGACAGACUUCUGGAUGCAGUAUCGAUACUCGGGGAGCUUGGCCAACCAGGGGCUGUGGCGGUUCUGCAUAAACCACAAAUGCCAUGCCCACACCAUCACUGUAGCCUUCUGGGAUGCCACCCGGGCCUUCAUGCUGCUGGCAGUGCUGAGCUGUUUCGCCGGCGUGGUGCUCGGCCUCAGCGCCUUCACCAACGGCACCAAGAACAAGAGGGUCCGCACGGGCGGCAUCGCCCUGGUCCUGUCAGGUUUCCUCGCCCUGCUGGCUUUGGCAAUUUACACCGGAGUGACUGUCACUUUCUUUGGCAAACGCUUCUUGGACUGGCGCUUUUCCUGGUCCUACAUCAUUGGCUGGGUGGCCAUCAUUCUGGCUUUUGCAGCAGGCAUGUUUCAGCUCUGUGCUUACCAGAGGACCACUGCAGAACCCGCUCCUUCUAAUAACCCGGACAGCUGAGCGAGAUGAACACACACCAAUAAGCUCCGAGGACGGUCGCCAUGGAAGCUGCUGUUGACUUCAUGCCUACAAUGGAAUAAACUGAAAUCAUAAAACUCCUGUGUGGCUUCACUGACAAACUAUCACCAUCUUUUAUUUUGACAUUUAGAAAAUAUCUGACCCCUUGUGCUUUUGGUUAUUGGCAGAUCAGCGGUUCUCAUGUCGAUUAAAAAAAACUUCCAUCUAAAAUAAUCUAUUACUGUCUCUAGAUAUACAGUCAGAAUUUCGUCACAAUGCUUUAAAUUCCACCGAAUGAGACGACACAUGAACCAUCACUGUUCUUGCUAGAACAUCCAAGGACCUUCUGGAAUAUCUCUUGGUUGGUGAGGGCUUUAAGGUGGCACAGGGAUCAGAAUUUGAAUAUCCACUCUAAAUGAAGUGACAUUUUCCCUGUUUCUGUAAUAAGAGAUUCUCCACUAGAUGGUGCUCUUCAGCCGCGUCACGGUGGGAAAACACACAAUGCUGAUGUUGGAUGAAAUCUUUUCUGACAUAAGAGUGACAUCACUUACUUCUUUACUUGUGAAAACAAAAAGCUUUUCAGAUGAGGCAAAACAUUUUCCUGAAACCGAUCUAGUCAGUUUUCCUUUAGAUUUUCCAAUAAAUAUCCUAAUAACUGGAGAACAGAAUUCUUAGAGGUAAUAAUGCAACCGUAAUGAUUUAAUUUUGGUAUUCAAAAACAAACAGACUUCGG